UCUCUCUAUUCUAUUCUCCAUAGCUUGGCCUUGCAAGCACCAAGCAGGAGCAGCGCCUCCUCUCUCUCUCUCUCUCUCUCUCUCUCUCAAAAAACAACCGACUCUUCUCAUUCAUUCCCCAUUCUGUACGACGCCGUUUCACAAUCUUCAUUCACUGCAACCUUCGUGCCUCUCCCAAUGGCCACCGCACCGGCACCGCCACCGGUCAAGUCCCAACCUCUCCACAACUUCGCUCUCCCCUUCUUAAAAUGGGGUGCCAGCACCAACGUUAACCACCACCACCGCUACCGCCGCACCUCUCUCGUCCCCGAUCACGCCUCCGAACCCGAAUCCGAUCCUGACUCUCGCCCUCACCGUCUCGGAUCCAGAACCGCCAGGAACCGAUUCGCACUCCCCUCCUCCUCUCACAAGCACCACCACCACGACGAAACCGACGACGAAGCCGGCGACCGAAAGCGCGAAGCCGACGACGCCGCCGAAGCUGAGGAAACCGUUCAGAAGCCGUGGAACUUGCGCCCCCGGAAACCAGCUCCCCCCAAGGCCGCGCUCGAGAUCGGAACUGGAGCUUCUAGAAACCACCAUAACAGCAACACCGGAGAAUUUCACGAAGUGGUUCAGCACCACGGCGAGACCCCCGCGCCGAAAUCGCUCCGGCUUAGAGGCUUCGCGGAGACGCAGUGCACUGAGAAGAAGGAGAAGAGGAAAUUCUGGAUCGCUCUCUCGAGGGAAGAGAUCGAAGAAGACAUCUUCGUCAUGACUGGGUCCAGGCCCGCUCGUAGGCCCAGGAAGAGGCCCAAGAACGUUCAGAAACAAAUGGAUAGUGUUUUCCCCGGCUUAUGGUUAGUGGGGAUCACUGCCGAUGCUUAUAGGGUCGCAGAUGCACCCGCCAAGAGAUGAGGCAAAUUCAGAAAACUUGUUGAAUGGGAAUGGAAGUAUAGACGCACGGAAUGUUGUAAAGA